GCGGACGUCCAGGUGCCCCAUUUGGAGGUGCUGGAGGUGAACAAGCUCUUGGACGUUUCAGGUUUCACGAAGUUGUUGGCAUCAAAUACAGAGGCCACCCGACCCAUUUUUCUGCGCAAACACUUGCUCGAUGUGCACAAGGUGGCGGUUGAUGUUUUGUCCGCUACUGUUGAAAAGGAUACCAAGCGCUUGGUUUCCUUGGUUGGAUGUCCCGGAACUGGCAAGACUUGGCGCGGCUGGUUGGUUGCCCAUGCCUUGCAGAAAGCAGGGAAGUGCACGCUGCAUGUCACCAUCAGGGGCAACGAGGUGAUUGCGGUGCCCGAGCUCAAGAAGAAGAAGUCGUAUGAGAUCGCAGAUUGGAACUACUUCAUGCUGAAGCAAGUCCUGACUAAGAACCACUGCGAUGUCUGCAUCAUCGAUGUGGGGAACAAGACCCCCGCCGAAUCAAAUUACAUUUUUCAAGGCGUGCGCGCCAUUCUGGAAAGCAGCGCUGAGCCGAAGCCCUUCCCGGAGGUCAAGCUCAUGGGCUUGGUUUCUGGACAUGGCGAGGAGACCAUAGUCGGCAAAGAUGGGUUGGACGAGUGCACCCAAAGGCUGGUUCUGUGGAGUUGGUCCGAGCAAGAGUUCAACGCUUACUACGAGGCUGUCAAGAAGGAUGGCAAAGCCGAGCCGUUGCGUGAGAAAGCCUAUGGCACAUGUGGAGGUUCCGUUCGUUACUGGUUCAAGACCGAGAGGGACCAGGCUAAGAUGGACAGGGACGUGGAGCAACUAAGCCCUCAAGACACGCAGAGAUUUCUGACUCCAGAUCAUCGCCCCACCUCGAACGCAAAUCACCACGAGCACUCGCGAUUGUUGGCUUUCUUUCGCAAGCCGAAAUUGCCCGAGGAUGACUUCAAGCGUGGUGUUGUGUCCGCUUACAUCGUGCCUCGCUCAGAAUACGUCAUCUGCAGCAUCAGAGCACACAAGAAGGGCAGUUUCUCCCAGUUCAAAAGCAUGUAUGAGGUGCUGCUGCCUCUGAACCCGGGCGCUGCAGGAACGCCGUUUGAGAUUCUCGUGCAUUACUUCUGGGAGGAGCGCGUCAAUGAGAAGGGCAACACGACGUUGCAAAUGACUGACCAGCAUG